CAUGGCGGCUGUCAUAAGCAAAAGGAAGCCUAGGGAACGCUCUUCGGAAAACAAAUUUAACACUUGAAAAAAAAUAAUAAUCAGCGUAAAACAAGAACUAGAGUGUAAAAACUUCAGUACAUAGAGUUUUCAGACUUGACAGCUGUUCAGCAAAGGCGCCAAAAUGAUGUUGCCACAGGAGGAAAGGCGCACAGGUGUUGUGUACGACAGCCGUCUCUCCUCGCACUUCAGUGCUUGGAAUAAAGACUUCACAGAAAAGCCGCAAAGAAAUACCAAGUGUAUCGAAAGAUGUACCGAACUUGGCCUUCUGAAAAGAUGCCUUCACGUCCCUGUGCGUGAGGCCACUGAGGCUGAGAUGAUGUUGUGUCACACACGUCAACAUAUAGAACUGCUGAGAAUGACAGAGUCCAUGAAUGGGGAGGAGCUGAAAGCUAUUUCCCAGAAAUAUGAUUUUAUUUAUUUUCAUCAAAAAUCCUUUGAAAAUGCAAAGCUGUCACUUGGAGGGGUCAUUGAUUUGGUUGAUAAAGUUGUUUCUGAGCAAGUGCGGAAUGGGAUGGCAAUAGUGCGACCCCCUGGCCAUCAUGCCAUGAAAGAGGAGUACUGCGGCUAUUGCUAUCUGAGCAAUGCAGCCAUCGCUGCAAAAAGUGCACUGGAGAAGUACAAUUUGAAAAGGAUUCUCAUCUUGGACUGGGAUGUGCAUCAUGGUCAGGGGACGCAAUUUGCCUUCUAUGAUGACCCAAGGGUAUUGUUUGUGAGCAUCCACCGUUACGAGCUGGGCUCUGAGUGGCCACAUCUUCGGGAGUCGGACUAUGAUUUUAUAGGGGAGGGGCCGGGCAAGGGUUACACCAUCAAUAUCCCCCUCAAUGAGACUGGCUGUGGUAACAGUGAUUAUUUAUCUAUAUUUUUCAACCUGCUUUUACCAGUGUUUUAUGAGUUUGACCCAGAACUUAUUAUUGUGUCUGCUGGAUUUGACUCAGCCAUUGGUUGCCCAGAGGGAGAGAUGCUUGUCACACCUGCCUGUUUCGCACAUUUCGUGAAUCUGCUGACACCCCUGGCUUCAGGGAAACUUGCACUUUUAUUAGAGGGAGGAUAUAAUCUCAAGUCUCUAGCUGAAUCGACUGCCUUGUGUGUGAGGGCUCUGCUCGGUGAUCCCACACCGAACAUUGCACCGUUGUCUGCACCAAAGCCCAGUGUUGUCGAGUCUGUGCUGAACUGUAUCAAAAUUCUACACCCCUAUUGGCACUGCCUGGAAUAUCAAGAUGUAGUGGAGUCGCACUUGAUCAAAACAGAGGCUUACCCAUUCAAGCAAGUCUUGAAUCUUCCACCUGUUCAGAAUAUCGAGUUUUACACGUCUGAGACGAGACCACAGACAUUUCCUUUGAUCCAAGACUGUGCAGAUGACAACGCCAUUAAACUGCUGGAAGAAUACAACCAAGCCAUCGAUAAACUCAUACAGGAGACUGAUCUCAGCUUCCCAGCUUCUAAGUUCUCUUUGUCAUGGGACAAGGCCUCAGAUGGAGUAAUAGAAAGCCUGACACAUUCAGAUGUGUGGAAACAGUGCCAGAAGGAUGUGUCCAGUCCCCAGACUAUUUAUGCAGAAAGUGUACAUGCUGCCAUAGAUUCUAUUUUGUUGUCAAAGUCCCAAUCCAGCCUGUGUCUGGUGAGUCGCCCGGCGCGCCAACACAACGGCACACCCAACGGUGCCGCCUCGCCCACUGCACACUCUGCCCACGGCCUGGCUGCGUCCUACGCUGUGGAGGCGUAUCAGCUGAACAGGGUUUUAAUCAUUCAGAUGGGGUCAGGUCCUGAUGUUCACAUCCCCACUAGUCCCAGUGUUCUUUCUAUAGUCCUCUCCCUGUCCAGUGAUGGCUCUGACAGUGCUCGUGCCUCGUUGGGAGAAUCUUUUGUCUCCCUGCCAUUGAAAGGAGACUCCCUGAACGAUGUUGACUACAUAUCAGCUUUUCAGCAAAUAGUCCUGCCAUUGGCUUAUGAAUUUGGUCCUACAUUGACUGUGUUCUCGUGGCAGUCUUUGGCAGAUGGUGUACAGGGUCCCAGCCCUGCGUGCAUAUCUCACUUAACUAUGCUGCUCCGCGGACUGUCUCGGGGCCGGCUGAUGGUGCUUGUGGAUCGCUGUGCGGGUCAAAGCUUGGAGGAUGGCCGCGCCGUGAUCCAAGACCCCAGCGAGGCGAGGCCGUCUCCUGGGGUCACCACGGAGAAACUGCUGAUGGCUUGUGCCAGUGUGCUGGCUGGACAUGUGUGUGCCCCUCUAGGGCCUGGAUAUCCUUCUCAACACACCGCACAAGUGAUCAAGAAUGUUCAAGAUGAACUGAAAGGCAAAUGGAGUCUUCUUCAGUUCAGGCACCAAAUUCCCAAGUUGGGACAACCGUAGCUGCCCACAGAUAGAGAUUUUUAGAUGUCAAGGACAGCCCAAGCCUUUAGUGUCAAUGUGAAAGUCGAAUAACUUAUAAUAAUGUAUAUUUGUUUUAAAAUAUACCAAAAUUUGUAAAUUUAUGUGUGAAUGAUGUGUUGUAAGAGUUAUAUUAAGAUAACUUAUAAAAUGACUAUCAAGAUAACUUAUAUAAUGACUAACUUUGAUCCGAGAAGUUACUAAUAUGAGAGCGAUCGCAACCACAAAUUCUUGUGCGAAGGUGUGAAACUAGUCAAAUUGCUUGCAUGCCGCACCACUGUAAAGUGACUGUCCUAUCAACACUUAUGUGGAAGUUGGUACAUAUGCAGAUAUUCAUAUGUUUCUUGUCUGUUCAUGUGAUCUGACUAACGGUAUACUUGAGCUGACAUUCAACUACCUCUCUUAGAUGUUAUGAAACCCACGUUUAUAUAAUAUAGAAAUGAAUAUGUUGCAUGCUCCUUUUUUUUCUUUUUGUUUUGUUUUUUUUUUUUUUGUUUUUUUUGUUUAUUUGCAUUUGAUAAUCAUUUGUACUCGACACAGUUAUGUGAUGUAACAUUUUGUUUUGUUUUAUUUUGUUUAGCAAAACGUAUUAUGAUUUGGGGGAUUUAUGAGAACUAUUACGCCGGUCAUGUCAGUUGAUAGGGAACUUGGAAGUGGUGAAUCGAGAAGAUCAAAUUGAUAAUGAAUCCAGGAACUGCUGUGUUAGAAGUUCUCUUUAUCAAACAUACUGGAAUUUACUAGACGUAGAAGCUCAAAGUACAUUUAGAAGGUCACUUGGUGAGAAAUGGAGGAAUAAUUUUAUAUAAGUAAGUAGUUUUGGUGGAUAAAAAUGCAGCAUGAUAGUUAUUUAUCCUUAAUUUCAUUAAUAUAAGACGGUCGAAUGCGACAUGUCGAAGACUGCAAACCGGAAUUAUUAUCGUGCUUGUGUUUGUGGGUGGGGGUGGAAUUUUUUCAGGAUAUUGAUAUUGAAAUACUAAGUGUUGUUUGCUAAAUUAAUUACUCAGUGGUGGUAGUUAGAGUUAGAACUGCAAUGAAUAGAUGAUCAAUGAAAAUGUUUUGCUUGAAGGAAACAUUUUUUUUGUCUUUUUCCUUCCAUCUUUCCUAUUAAUAAUGUUUUUU